GAUGGCGGGAUAGAGGCGUGGACAGUGCUUUUUGGCGGGUUCAUCACGUACUGCGCAACAUUUGGUUUGCUUGACUCUUAUGGCACAUUCCAAACUUACUACCAAGAAGAGAUUCUCAAAGGGUCGAGUAUGAGUGCAAUAUCAUGGAUAGGUUCAAUACAGGUG